AACGGCAUGACAUGAACACCCUGAGUCUGCCCCUGAACAUCCGCCGAGGGGGUUCAGACACCAACCUUAACUUUGAUGUACCAGAUGGCAUCCUGGACUUCCACAAGGUCAAGCUCAAUGCGGACAGCCUCAAACAAAAAAUUCUAAAGGUAACAGAGCAGAUAAAAAUCGAGCAAACAUCCCGAGAUGGGAAUGUUGCAGAAUAUCUGAAACUGGUCAGCAGUGCUGACAAGCAGCAGGCUGGUCGUAUCAAACAAGUCUUUGAAAAGAAGAAUCAGAAGUCAGCUCACUCCAUUGCCCAGCUGCAGAAGAAGUUAGAACAGUACCAUAAAAAGCUCAGGGAGAUUGAACAGAAUGGAGCCUCCCGAAGCUCAAAGGACAUUUCCAAAGACAACCUGAAGGACAUCCAGCACGCCCUGAAAGAUGCCCACGUCAAGUCCCGAACCGCUCCCCACAGCAUGGAGAGCAGCAAAUCUGGCAUGCCAGGGGUAUCCCUCACUCCUCCUGUGUUUGUCUUCAAUAAGUCCAGAGAGUUUGCCAACUUGAUCCGGAAUAAGUUCGGGAGUGCCGACAACAUCGCUCACUUAAAAAAUUCCCUAGAGGAGUUCAGGCCCGAGGCCAGCGCCCGCGCCUACGGGGGCAGUGCCACCAUCGUCAACAAACCCAAGUAUGGCAGCGACGACGAGUGUUCGAGCGGCACUUCCGGCUCCGCGGACAGUAAUGGGAACCAGUCCUUCGGGGCCGGGGGCGCUAGCUCCCUGGACAGCCAGGGGAAGCUCACCAUGAUCCUGGAGGAAUUGAGGGAGAUCAAGGACACCCAGGCACAGCUGGCCGAGGACAUCGAGGCGCUGAAGGUGCAAUUUAAGAGGGAAUAUGGUUUUAUUUCUCAGACCCUCCAAGAGGAGAGAUACAGGUACGAGCGACUGGAAGACCAGCUGCAUGACCUGACCGACCUGCAUCAGCACGAGACAGCCAACCUGAAACAGGAGCUGGCCAGCAUUGAGGAGAAGGUGGCGUACCAGGCCUACGAGCGGUCACGGGACAUCCAGGAAGCCUUGGAGUCCUGCCAGACUCGCAUUUCCAAGCUGGAGCUCCACCAGCAGGAGCAGCAGGUCCUGCAGACCGACACGGUGAACGCCAAAGUCCUCCUGGGGAAAUGCAUCAACGUCAUCCUGGCGUUCAUGACCGUCAUCUUAGUGUGCGUGUCCACCAUCGCCAAGUUUGUCUCGCCCAUGAUGAAGAGCCGCCUCCACAUCCUCGGCACCUUCUUUGCUGUGACUCUGCUCGCAAUAUUUUGUAAAAACUGGGACCAUAUUCUGUGUGCCAUAGAGAGGAUAAUAAUUCCCAGAUGAAGCCUCUGGUUCCAGUCCUCAAAAUCUUUCAAGUUUUUAUUUUAAUGGAAACUCUGUGCAUAUUACCAAAUUUUUUUAACGAACGUUUGUGCCAAUGGAAGAUGCCAAGAAGGCCUGGGCUGUGUGUUGUAAAUAACCACAAUUCUCUUGAACCAGUAGCGAUCGCCAGCUCAGUCCCUUUUCUUGGUUAAUGUGAACCUGUUUCAAAGCCCUCCCUUCCUUGCUCACUGCCUUAAUCAGACCAGAUUUCCUGCCCACCUGAUUAGCACAGCUUGGCAAACCUCUGGUUAUUGAGCACUUGGCAUAGUGGCCCAGCAAAAAGGGACCUUAAACCUCUCUCUCUCCCUCAAGUCUGUCAAAAUUGAGCUUCACUGUUAAGUGAUCGCAUUUUCCCUUAUUUUCCCUGCGUCCUGUAAGCAGCCAGGAAGUAGCAGGGCUGGGCAAGAGGACAGGUGCGACUGUGCUGAGUACCUGUCACCUGUAAGAGCACAGUUCAUGCCAUGUGCCUCAUUCCACAGGUCCCAGGUGACCAGACUCACAUUUGACACUGUCCACGGUGGUUAAUCGUAUGUUACUGUCUGUAACAUGGAAUUCUUCUAACACACCUGUUUCACCCUUCAAAUGUCUAACUAGGUGUUGUUCUGUUGCACUUUAAAUGAUAAGAUAGAGGAUUUAUAAAUGGGGCUUUUGCUGCCUUAUACCCAAGGAGCCCCACACCUGAAUUGCCUGCUUACUGAAUGCCCUGCCUUCAGUGCACGCAGAAGUGCUUCCAGAUCCCCCUCAAACUGGCUUUAACAUUAAUUUGGGUUCUGGUAAACACUAGUCGGGAGUUUAUGUUUCAUCAAAUCUGAAUUGUGACACGCCCUCUGUGAGGAUGGGACUCCCUUUACUCCCUGCAGGAUCUCACAGAGCUUACUCAGUAAACAAAACCAAGGGAUGCUCUCACUGAAGAGUUUGCUUUACGGACAGACCACUCCUAGUGUCUAAUGCUGCGGUGCACUGAGGUGGGAACACUAGAAGCAGGUGGAAAUUAGGGCCCUGAAGGCCAGCAAGAGUAAAAUAAAUUAGACCUAGAAUCUAGCACCAAAUGCACAGUGUCUUACUGAAAUCGGUUCUAAGGUAAGAGAGUGGCCAUGCUUCCGUGGGGAGGAGAGCACCAGGAAGUUAACAUCUGGGGCCUGCUUGGCAGUAGUUGUUCACUGUCUUCAGCCCAGAUACUUGCCUUCAGAUUCCUCUCUCUGUGUGCAUAAAAGAAAGAAGACAUCUGGGAGACCUGAAUGCAAAUUGUUAUUCAACUCCACCUCCCACUAACUCUGUCCUUUGUCUGAAGGUGUAGAUGUGUGUGAGUGGACAUUUUCUUCCAAAAGACAUCAAAAUUACCUGGAUUUAAAUUAGGUGUGAUAUUUUACAAAUAGCUGCUCUUAUGGAAAUUUCCUGAAGCAAUGUGACAGUGUGCUCUGGUGUGAGAGAGUAUGAGAGUUGAAUUCUGGUAUGUGUGAGACUCCUAUAGCUUAAGCCUUCUAAGUUUACAACUCACAAACUAUCAACUAUCAUCCCUAUCUAAUUCCAGAUUCGAGAAAACCAAUAAAAACAUUUCAUAAAAAUCCCAGGGCUAUUUUGGAUUUAAGGGAGAGGGAGUUACAGUCCCACCCUCUUUCUCAUGGUUGUCAGACCCCGCCCCACCUUGGUCUCUCAAUGUGCCUACAAAUACACUGUGAUCCAUCAAAUCCAGGGGACAGAAAUGGGGUCCAGAGGAGAGGGUGGAAGGUAUGCUUCCCUGUGACUCCCUGUUGUCACAGCCAGCUUGACCUGUUCCCCUUGUCCCCUUGACCACAGCCUCCACGUGAGCUGGGACUGGUUGUAAAGUAUACCCUGUGUCCAUCAGGGUGUGGGUUGGCUCCUCUUGGUCUCUGUGAGUCUUCUCAGGUAGCUUGGACAUGCCAGAAGUCAGGCGGGCGAAGGUGCUGUUAGUGGAGAGAAUGAGUGAGCACUAGCCCUCAAGGUCAAGCUCUGGGGCACGGCGAGGCUGCUCCCUAUUCCUCAUGUCACCACACCUCACCCCUUUGCUCAGCCUUUGUUAGACAUCCCAGACUAGUGAUCAGUGUCUUCUUCCCAGGUGGAGAAGUAGAGAAGAAAAUGGAAAAAGCAAAGCUCUCCCGCGCCAGUCUGUAGCUGUCCACAGAAACUGCUAGAAACUGUCUCUGUGAUGAAUAUGGUAAGGACCUACAUCAUGCCACCUGAUCAUAAAUUCAAAGAACUCAGAUUUCUAGUGAUUCUCAUUAGAUGUUGAAUAGCUAUUUUCACUUUGAUACACUCAGCCUACGUGGCACAUUUAGAGUCUUGUUGAAAGUUGAUGAAGCUUUUAAAUAAGUCUGAGGAGACUUUGACUCAGCAGUUUAUCCUUUUUCUAAGGAAGAAACCCUUUGCUACAUAAGGAAGUUAAAAAGAAGUUUAUAAAUAUUCCAUUAAAAAUAGGUCCAGCUAUAAUAUGUCCUAGCAUCAGAUUUUUGACUUAUAUGUAAGUCAGCUAAACCUCCCCCACCCCCAAUAGUAAACACCUUGUUCAUAUCUGAAGGGGAAAAACAACUGUUACUGAGAGAUAGAAUGUUUGAUUCUAGCUCUGGAUUCUAUGGGUGGCAUUGCUUUUGUACCUACCAGGAUAAUGAGAAUUUGCUGAGAACAAAACAGAAACUUUAAAAUUGCUCUUCUGUGGGAUUUCCAGCUUGUAUUUUGAGUAUGAUUAAGCGAGAACAAAAUAUUUCCCGCCCCAAUUCCCUCCCCACCAAAUUUGAAAGCCACAAUGAAACAGUAACUAAAAGCACUUUGUUGUUGAUUUUGGACUGAUGAGUCCGAGCUUCCAGCAUGUACUAUUAGUGGUUUAUCUUGUAUGAUUACUGUACUGCAGGGUGAAAGCUUCUGAGUCUCUACCCCAUGACCUUUUAAUGUUAUGGUCCCUUGCUGUCAGUUAGCAUCCGUGUGGUAUUCGCCCUUCUGCUUUGUCACUUCUUUUCAUUGCACUGUUGCCCUCAUGGCUUUGCCUUAUUUCUAGCCUGUCAGGCCUCAUGAGUCCAAUAAAGGUGAUGAGGGGUAGGUUCCCUUUGUAUUUUUUGGCUGGAUGUUAAAUACCAAAUUAUUUUGCAUCAACUCGGAUUGUAUGAUUUUUAAAGAUUUAUUUAUUUGUGCAUACAGA